AUUUCUAAAGGGAGUUGUUAAAAGGAGUCCGGAGUUGUUAGUCUUCAAUCUCAGUUUCGAAAGCACAAGAGAGAGAAUGGACGCCAUUGAUUCAGUGUUCGAUCCCCUCAGAGAGUUCGCCAAGGACAGCGUAAGGCUCGUCAAGCGUUGCCAUAAACCUGAUCGCAAAGAAUUCUCCAAGGUUGCUGUUCGUACUGCAAUCGGAUUCGUGGUUAUGGGAUUCGUUGGCUUCUUCGUCAAGCUCAUCUUCAUUCCCAUUAACAACAUCAUCGUCGGAUCUGGUUAGGAUGUGGUUGAUUUUGUGCUUGCUUACUGUUAUUUGAGAUUAGGGUUUGAAAUUAUGCAAACUUAGAUAAAGUUCUUUGUUUGAGAUAUGUCCUUAUGGUUUUCAAGUAUCAUCACCGUAUAUGAAGCAUUUUAUAUUGUGAUCACUUGAAUAGUAUGUAUAACCAGGUCAAAUUUCUACUAUUGCUGCAUAUCGUAAAGGGUUAUUAGUUGAGUUUUAUGAUCUACAUUUAUUUAAAUUCCAAGAGUUGAAGUGAAGUCUUCAAUUUGAUUACUUAACAAGAGUUUCAUCUGUUACUUUCAUUAUCAUUCACACAAAAAGCCAUGAGAAGUUCCAAAUUUAAGAUAUAAUGGAAAGGGUACUGAUAUUUCACCUGCAAUUUGGUUGGUAAAUACAAGGAAAAGUCUAGGGGCCAGCAAUUUUAUUAAAUUUUGGCCUGCAUGUAACCAGCAGAGAAGGUGAGUCAUUAGAUGAAAUCUCACACCAAUCUCACACCAUUAAAUCAUCAUUGAUGACUAUUUGAUGACUACCAAUCACAAAAGUUGUUGGUCCCCUAGCAUUGCUC